AUGUCCGAUCGUGAGCUUCGAGCUCAGGUGACUCUUAUCCCACUGGGGAUAGACAACGAUGUGACCCGACAAAUUACUCUCGGCAACACCAACCAGACGAUUAUUAUUGGGCGCUCCUCAAAGAGAGGUCUAAAGAACCGCCUUCCGCAUCAAGAUAAUGGAUGGUUUGACUCUCGGGUGAUGUCGCGGGACCAUGCGGAGUUGCUUACAGAGCCUGGAAAGAUGAUCCUCAAUAUCAACGACCUCGGUUCGACCCACGGAACAUGGCUGAACAAUAAUCGUUUGAUCUUUGGGGAGGCGACACCGCUACUCAGCGGAGAUAUUCUGCGAUUUGGCGUUGAUGUGGAACGUGGCGAAGACGUUUUCCCGGCGCUAGUGGUUCGCUGCAAGGUCGACUGGUUGGGGCAGACUACACACGAUGUCGAAAUUACCCAUGUGAACGAUCUCCAGACCGUUUCCGAGCCCAAGCCCACCCCUCCACUGCGACAGACUUCAACCAACACCUUCUGCGUGCCCGACGAUAGUGAUGUCGAAGAAGUCACUAUCAUCAAGUCUAUUGGGACCUUCGAGGAGACUGAAAACAAUCCACCAGAAGAUAUCAAGGCCAUGGUCUCUCCUGCGCUCACCUCAUCUGAGACUCAUUCUAUCCCUGAGCACGUGGAGUGCCAACCUGAUGGUCAUGGUCCCAGGAAGCAUUAUCCGCCACCCCCAUUCAAUAUUCCGCCCCCAGUCAUUGCCGACCAGCAGUACCCGCCACACCCGUUCACCACUGAUACAACUUUUGCCGAUGGACCAUCGGAUUACCCCCGAUUUGGUGUGAAGCUUUACAAGGAUAAUUGGUCUUCGGAGAUCGAACGAGAGCUUAAUGAACAGUUCGACGAAGAGAGUGAAGAUGAAGAUAACUCAGAGAUCGAAUCGGACUCUGACAGCUCCAGCAUUGAUGAGGAACGUUAUGAGCUGGAUAACAUACUGCUUUCUGGCACUAAGUCUGGUGGAGCUUCCAGCAUUGACUCUGCCUCCGAUGUCGACUAUCUCUCUGAUGCUGCCUCUCCCUCUGAAGAUGACUCUGCCUCUGACAACUCCGAUGAUUCCGAUGAUGGAUCAUCCGUCGAGGAGAAUGAGAAGGAAUGCAUUGAUCCAGCCUUGAUUUACAAUGAGUUCGCGCCCAGUAAUAUGCCCACCAUUCCGUCGUUUACAGGAACUACCAAUGGUGGCUCAGAGCCCAAAUCCAACGAAUUGAAUCAUCUGCAUGAUCUUCAUGUGCGCUUCCCGAAGUGUCCAAUUACUUCUCUUUUGAAUUGCCCAUCCUCGCAAACCUUCAACCAAGGAGAUGUGCAGAAAUCUUCCGACCCUAUCGCUCAUCACCAACCUAAUGUUGAAAUUCCUGGAUAUGUACCCAACCUGUACCGUGAUGGGCCGUUUUCCUGCGAUAACCUGGCUGACAAAGAGACCAAUGAGACUGAAUGGGUAGACAUGCCUAGAGUCUCCUUGAAGCGCAAGGCUUUCGAAAUGGAGACACAAGACGCCCAGCUUCCCGAGCUUAUCGCUCAAUCAUCUCAGGAACCAAGCCUGAAUCCCAUUCAGCAGUCUCAGGUUACCACCGCGAUUAGCUCCGCCUUGUCCGAGGUAGAGGCUCUGUCCGAGGCUGAGCCUCCGAGCAAGCGAGUAAAGUCAUCACACUCAUCGAACCUAGCAUGCUACACAGCUACUGCCGUGGUCAGUGCUCUUUUGGGUGGGCUUGGCACAAUUGCUCUUCUAGCAGCCCUGCCCGCUGAAUACUUCCAGUGA